AUGACCACUGUUAAACGGGUUUUGGACUCCCCCGUGCCUCCAGAGGACCCGGCCAAACGCAGAGGCUCCAAGCCGGGUCGUAAACCGCUCGACACAGAAGCCAAAAACAAACGUACGGCGCAAAAUCGAGCUGCUCAAAGAGCAUUCCGCGAACGUAAAGAGCAGAAAAUGAAAGAGCUUGAAGACAAAGUGCUGCAGCUGGAACAUGUGCAGCAGCAAAGCGAAAUGGAAUCGGAUUUCCUGCGUGGCCAGCUGCAACAGCUCGUCAGUGAGCUCCAGCAGUAUCGGCCCCAGCAGCCUUCGGACUCGCAUGUGCUCCAGUAUCUUGCCAAGUCCGAACAGUUGCAGAAACGGCACGAACACCUUCGUGGCAGGUCUGACAGCGGAAGCAUCAGUCGCAGUCGCAGUAGAAGUCGCUCCGAUGGCAGAAACACUUGCAACACCACGCCUACCGAUGCAAGCGAGAAUUCCAGUCCAAUGAAUGACGCAGCCAAGAUCAAUGAAAGCAUGCAACGCAAGAUGAGCUUCACUUUUGAGUAUCCCAAGCUGGGGAUGGUCUCGAACACAUCGCCUGCGGAUAGUGCCUCCACAACUGCGUCUUCUGGUCUCCCUCCCAACAAAUCGUUGCCCUUUUUGGCUCCAACUCCAAGCACAUCUUCAGGAUCGUUGGAUCUCUUUAGCUACAACAAUACCAGCGACAAUCAAAGCCUACCCAAAUUCACACCUUCCACUAAUUCUAACGCUUUGAGCAACGAUUUCGAUUUCAAUUCUCAUUUCGAUGAGCAAGUGUCAGAUUUCUGCAGUCAACUCAAUGAAGCUUGUGGAACUCGCGAGUGUCCAAUGCCAAAGAAAAACAGUCCCUCUUCGCAAUCGUCACCGAUUAUACAGCGCUUGCAACAGUCUCGAGUGCCUUCAGUUUCGUCGCCGUCCGCUUCCUCUGCGAGGUCUCCCAAAAACACACAGCAGCUUCCGCAGGCGGCACAGCGACAGCAAGUUACUCAACAACCGGAACAAUUGACUCUUACGAACUCCUGGGACUCGCCACAGUUUGGUCAAAGUGCCUUUGGCACGGAGUCCGAUGAUCCUGUCAACAAAUGGAUGUUUGGAGGUGCAGAGUUCUCUAAAAUGAAUAAUGUGGUACGAGAGUCGACAUACACUGCAGACUCCCUUCCAUUUAUUGAUACUUCUCUUGCUUUUCCUUCAGACCAACAAGACCGGUUGUUCAAUCACAAUUCUGAUGACGUUUUGACCCAGUUUUUUGAAGAAGACCCUACGGUGAAUCAAUUGACGACCGAAGAGAGCGAUUACGAUCCUUUCAGACCAAACCUGGGAUUGAUGUCCGAGAACGCCAAUUCGAACUCGAAUUUUGCUGGCUCGUCUCACUCGGUUUCAGAAUCAAGUGUAUCAACCACGAUCACCGUGCCCGAUCAAGCGCCUGUGGAAAAAACGCUUGCUUCUUCUUCAGCGUCUCCCGAUGAACAGACGGGAGUGGUGGAAGAUGUUGUUCCUGCGCGAGAUGGAGCAAUGCUAAAAUGCUCUGAAAUAUGGGACCGUGUUACUGCGCACCCUAAAUACUCGGACCUUGACAUUGACAGCUUGUGUUUCGAAUUAAGAACCAAGGCCAAGUGUUCCGAGAGGGGAGUUGUCAUUAAUGCAGACGACGUUCAGAUGGCUUUGUCGAAGCACAUGACGUGA